AUGCUAUUCAAACAGCAGGCGUUGCUGAGACAGAAGCUCUUUGUGCUAGGCAGCCUUGCUAUUGGAAGUCUCCUAUAUCUAGUUGCCAGAGUUGGGAGCUUGGAUAGGCUGCAGCCCAUUUGUCCCGUUGAUGGUCGAUUUCGACCCCAUGGCCAAGACGAGAUCCCAUUCCGAGCUCUGCAGUUCAAGCGUGGGCUGCUCCAUGAGUUCCGUAAGGGCAACGCCACUAAAGAGCAAAUCCGGCUUCACAAUUUGGUUCAGCAGCUCCCUAAGGCCAUUAUAAUUGGGGUGAGGAAAGGAGGCACCCGUGCACUGCUUGAGAUGCUGAACCUCCAUCCUGCAGUGGUCAAAGCUUCUCAAGAAAUUCACUUCUUUGAUAACGACGAGAACUAUGCCAAGGGUAUUGAAUGGUACAGGAAAAAAAUGCCUUUUUCUUACCCUCAUCAAAUAACAAUUGAGAAAAGCCCUGCAUAUUUUAUCACAGAGGAAGUACCUGAAAGGAUUUAUAAAAUGAACUCAUCCAUCAAAUUACUGAUCAUUGUCAGGGAACCCACAACAAGAGCUAUUUCUGAUUACACUCAGGUGCUGGAGGGGAAGGAAAGAAAGAAUAAAACCUACUACAAAUUUGAGAAGCUGGCUAUUGAUCCUAAUACCUGCGAAGUGAACACUAAGUAUAAAGCAGUGAGAACCAGCAUCUACACAAAACAUCUGGAGAGAUGGUUAAAAUACUUUCCAAUCGAGCAGUUUCAUAUUGUAGAUGGAGAUCGGCUCAUUACAGAACCACUGCCAGAACUGCAGCUGGUGGAGAAGUUCCUAAAUCUUCCUCCAAGGAUAAGUCAGUACAAUUUAUACUUCAAUGCCACCAGAGGGUUUUACUGCUUGCGAUUUAACAUUGUCUUUAACAAGUGCCUGGCGGGUAGCAAGGGACGCAUUCAUCCAGAGGUGGAUUCCUCUGUCAUUACCAAAUUGCGCAAAUUCUUUCACCCUUUUAAUCAAAAAUUUUACCAGAUCACUGGGAGGACAUUUAACUGGCCCUAA